AUGUGUUAUGUAUUUGAAGAUUAACAACUAGAAUAAAUAUCUAAAUGGUAUAUUAUAUGGUUUUUGCUUAUGUAUAUUUUAGAUAUCUUAAAUUUAAUUUUCGCAGUUAAUUGCUAUUAGGCAAAUGAAAUAGGUUAUCCUAUUACUUAUUUCAUAUUUUUCUGCAUAGAUAAAUUGAUAAUGAUUAGUGCAUCUAUUUGCUGUGGUAUACAUUGCCUUAAAAUUGUGUUUUUACUAUUAGAUAUUUUAAAUUUAGGAUGGAUUUAUCCUAUUUUUUGCAAUGAAAUGGGUAGUCCUUAAAAUUGUGCAAUACUGGUGAGAUUUGUUAUUUCUAGAGGAGUAUUUUAAAAUAUAAUUUAGUUCAUUUUUUUGUUUGGCUUAGGUUAUAUCGAAUAUACUUCUAUCUCUAUUUCUUAUCGAUACUUAGGGUAUAUACUAUUUAUAAUCUAAAUAUCAGCAUUUGUAGGAUUCAUAUCAUAUAGUACUUAUGAUGGGGAUUUUUGCAAAAAAUACACCACGCCUACCGUUAAAGUAAUUACUAUAUUGACUUAUCAUUUAACUUUUGCUUCUUUUUUUUAUUUAGUCUACUCAUAUGAAUAUGGAUAUAAAUUAAUAUAUCUUAAUUUUAUAAUCGGAAUUAUUUAAAAUAUAUACAUUCUAAGAAAACUCUUUUAAUCAGAAAAUGCUGGAAUUAAAUUGAAAUCAUUGGUUGCAAACCUGUUUUUCAACCAUCCACUGUUUAGAAAUAAGUCUAAAUACAUGCCUAAGUAGAUACUAAUUGCUGAUUUAUUAAGCCAAAUAAGUAGAUUUUUGCUUUUAAUGAUAUUUAUUUGGAAUGUAACUACUUUAGAAGAUAUUCUAAAUAAUAUCUUUACUUUCAGUAGUAUUUUUUAAUUGAAUAACAUGAUAGUUUUUUUUCUGAAUUUAGCAUAUUUUGGAAUAUAUUUAAUUUAUCAAAUUCAAAGAGUUUUAACUCGUAGAAUGAUAUUGUUAAAUAGAAAUGAAACUUUUGGAGGUGUGAAUAAAAAUUUGUUAAGAUUAAAUUUUAGAUUUGUUAAAAAAAUAAAAAUAAUUGUUGAUGAAGAUUGUAGUUUUUUACAUUAUUCGAGGCCAAAUUAAAAUGGCUUCUGUCAAUAUUAGGAUUGCUAAGAGUACUAUGAAAUGUACAAAACAAUUUAAAAUAUUUAAUUAACAAAAAAUAUUUAUACUAGUUUUACUAAAACUUAUUACUUUUAAUGUGAUUACCAUUUUGAAAAGCUACUAAAAAGCUAAGAAAAUAUUAGUUACACAUUACUAUAAAACUAUAAAAGUCAAAGGGAUAAGUCAAUCAAUAUGUCUAAGUUAAUUAUUAAAAGAAUAUUUAAAGGUUUCUUAUACAAUUAAACAAAUAAUUUUCUUAUUUAUUAAAUCUUAAAAUAAGAUGAAGAAAAAUAAUUGUUAAAAACGCUUACUUCAGAAAUUUUAUCCUAAUUAGCAUUUAGCAAAUAUUUUGAGAUCUACAGUUACAACUAUAUGCCUUUGAUAAAAUACGAUUUAUUAGCAAGAUGA